UCCACAGCUAGCGUUAUGGGGGUGACCGACGACUUAGCCCCAAGCUUCACACAGAAGCCGCAACUGCGCCAGGAAGACGAUGGCAACAAGCUCGUCUUUGAAUGCCAGUUGCUGGCAGCUCCGAAGCCAGAGAUCAGCUGGUAUCGCAGCGAUGAACUGCUCAAAGAAGAUAAUAGGACUAAGUUCAAGAUCCAGAGCAUCGCCAACAACAAAUUUCUGGUGGUGCUCGAGCUGGAUGACGUGAUCGAGACGGAUGCAGGGCUCUACAAAGUUAAAGCUAAGAACAAGAUGGGCGAGGUGGCCGCCUCCAUCAAUCUUAACUUCAGCCCUGCCGACGAAGAUAAACAGAAACAAGUGGACGGUAAGGCGCCAACAUUCGCGCGCAAGCCGGCCAUCAGGCAGGAAGACGAUGGCAAGCGGCUUAUAUUCGAGUGCCGCAUCGAGGCUGAACCGGUACCCGGCGUCUCCUGGUUCCACAACACUGUGGAAGUUAAACCUGGUCCCAGGCAUAAGUUAACAGUAAAUAAAGACGGAAAAUCAUAUUAUGCCUCAUUGGAGAUCAACAACGUAACCGUGGAAGAUGCUGGAAAAUACCGAGUAACAGCUAAGAACGAACUCGGCGAAAGUAACGCCACAAUCAGCUUAAACUUCGACAGCGACGAAGCGCCCGUGCCUGAAGAUUUCAUUAAACCAACUUUUACGGAGAGGCCCGUAAUCAGGCAAUCGGAAGAUGGUACCAAAAUUACAUUCGAAUGUCGAUGUGUUGGCAAACCGAAACCAACCAUUACAUGGUACCAUGGCAAAAAAUUAAUAAAAGAAAGCAGUCGAUACAAAAUUACAUUAGAAGAGGACCAAAUGUUAUAUCAUAUGGCGCGACUUGAAAUCAUAGGCGUAGAAAACUCUGAUAGAGGAGAAUAUAGGGCGUUGGCAAAAAAUAAACAUGGUGAAGGCGUAGCAAAAAUUAAUCUCAACUUCGAAGGUGGAGAUAAACCAAAAAUUCCCGAUGGUAAAGCACCAAGGUUUCCUAAAAAACCUACUAUUAGACAAGAAGGGGAUAUUCUUAUUAUGGAAUGCGUAUUAGAAGCAUACCCCUUACCAGAUAUAACAUGGUUCCAUGGUGAUAAAGAAAUUAAAGAUGGAGCUAAAAUGAAGAUGUCUAGGAAAGCUAUGGGGAAAGAUAGUUUUAAUUUGACUUUAGAAAUUUUAAGUCCCACUAGAGAAGAUGGUGGAAAUUAUAGAUGUAACGCCUUCAACUUGUUUGGUGAGAGCAAUGCGAACAUUGCUCUCAAUUUCCAAGGUGGGGAUGACGAGAACGGUUUCGCACCAUCAUUCGUGGAGAAACCCCGAAUCAUUCCCAAUGAAGAUGGCACACUCAUUACGAUGCGUUGUGUCUGCAAAGCCAAGCCGGCGGCUGAAGUCACGUGGUAUAGGGGCACGACCGUCAUAAAAGCUAGCAGUAAAAUUGAAAUUAAAUCAAGUGAAAUGGGAGAAGAUAUUUAUGAAUUAGUAUUACUUUUAUCAAAUCCAACAGCAGCGGAUGGUGGCGCUUACCGCUGUCAUGUUAAAAAUGAAUAUGGUGAAAGUAAUGCUAAUUUAAAUUUAAAUAUUGAGGCUGAACCUGAACCAGAAGGCGAAGGACCAACUUUUGUUGAGAAGCCUACAAUUCAGUCUAAAGAUAAUGGCAAAUUAGUAAUAAUGGGAUGCAAAGUUAAAGCUAAUCCUAAACCAACGAUCGUGUGGUACCACGAAGGCAAAGAAAUCAGGGACUCGUCGAAAAUCAAAACCAGGGUCGAGGUUAAGGAAGACAUUUACACAAUCGUACUAGAACUCAUCGAUCCCGGUAUUGAAGACUCCGGAUUGUAUAAAUGCAAUAUUAAAAAUGAACUUGGAGAACUCAAUGCAAAUCUUACGCUCAAUAUUGAAAUCAUUCCAGUUAUCAAAGAAAAGCCAAAGAUCAUUAAGAUAGUUAAAAAGAAGACUGUUAUUGUUGAAUGUAAAGUAUUAAGUAAAUUUGCACCAUCGUGCACAUGGUUCAAGGAAACAAAUGCUGUUAAGGAGGACUCUAGACAUACUGUUUUGAUCGAACCGCUUAGGGAGGGUGAAUUUACAGUAAAAUUAGAAAUUUCAAAUGUUUCUCAACAUGACAAAGGAUCUUAUAAACUCGUUGCCAAGAAUGAAAAGGGUGAGGCUACAUCUCAACAAGUAGAAAUUACAGAUAUACCAGAAGAGAAGGGCGAUAAACCUCAGAUAAUCAAGCACUUUAGAAGUUUGGCAAAGAAAGAAAACGAAGAAGCCGAAUUUAUUGCAGUUCUCAAGACAUCUGAUCAGUCAUGUAGAUGUACAUGGUAUAAAAACUCAACUGUUAUACGUGAUUCAUCUGAAGUGAACACCUCUUUUGAUGGUACCAAUGCCCGUAUCAUCAUUAGAAAAGUAUCUACUAAAUACGUUGCAAACUACAGAGUAGUAAUAAAGAAUGAGUUUGGCGAAGAUGAGUCAAGCGCUGAUUUAACUUUAGUAGAAGAAAAGAAAAAGAAAAAGGAGGAAGAAGAGGAAGAAGAAAAGACCGUUAUAGAGGAAUCAGAGGAAGAAAUGUCUAUCAUAGAAGAAAAAUCUGUUAUUGAAGAAAAUCACGUUGAAGAAAAAAAGAAGGAAGAAGAAAAGAAAUUAGCUGCCAAAAAAGUAUCCAAAAAGGAAGAAGUAAAGAUAGAAGCAAAGAAAGAUGAGAUUGAAAUUGAAGCUAAAAAGACUGAAGCUAAGGUGGAAGCUAAAAAGGUCGUUAAAAAGGAAGAAAUCAAGAAAGCAGAACAGGAAACUGAAGAAACUAAAAAGGUACUUGAAAAGAAAACCGCUAAAACUGAAGAAGAAAAGAAAGCUCUUCUGGAAAAAAUUGAGAAAAAGAAAACUGAGACAGAAGAAGCUAAAAUUGACGGCAUUCCUAAACUUAAACCAGUCAAGCCUAAAGAACAACCAGUUGAAGAGAAGAAAGAUGCUAAGAAGACUGAAAAAACAGAAGAGAAAAAGAAGGUCGUCAAAAAGAAGGUCGUAUCAAAAAAAGACGAGGACGAAAUCGAGUUCGUCGACGAUUACGAGCGACCAGUUUUGGAGAAGUACGAAAAAAUUACACCAACGCCUCUUGAUAAAAAACCAAAGGACACACAAAAGCCAAAACGGGCAUCUGUUUCGGAUAGCGUUAAAAGUGAGCAAGAUAGCGAAGAAGAAGUAUCUGUUGCUGAACCCGCUCCAGAGAAAAAACCAAAAAUAGAUAAACCUACAGAAAAGGUCGAAGAAAAAAGUGAACCUAAACGGCCAAGUAUUAAAAAGGGCUUACCUAAACCAGAAGAACCAGUUGAUGAAAUAUCUAAAGUUAAACUUGCAAAAGCACCUACCAAACCUACUGAAGAGAUAGUCGAACAACCACAGGUUGCUAAAACUAAAAAAGCAGUUAAAAAGCCGGAAGAAUCGGAGUUUGUAGACGAUUAUGAAAGGCCUGAGCUCGAAAAAUAUGAUAAAAUGACACCUACACCUACAGACAGAACAAAAAAACAAAAUGGAGUUGAGGAUGCACCUGAAUUUAUUGAUGAUUAUCAGCGUCCUGAACUUGAAAAAUAUGAAAAAGUUACACCCACACCGAAAGACAAACGUCGUCCUAGUGACACACAGGAUGAAACUGAUAUUAUGAAGGGUAAAAUAAAACCUAAAGAAAAGGAACCUGAACCAGAAACGCCUACAUUGCGAAAGCGGCCAAUUACAAAAGAUAAGGAGGAAGAGAAAAAACCGGAUGAAAAGCCAAAAACAAAACCAACUAAAAAAGACGAGCCGGAGGUUAAAAAGAAACCGGCUCCCAAAGAGAAGGAGGUCGUCGAAGAAGAAUUUAUUGAUGAUUACGAGAGGCCAGUUCUCGAAAAAUACGAGAAAAUUACACCAACACCUACAGAGAAACGGAAAAAGGAUGAUAAACCUGAAGAUGAUGUACCUUCGGCCACAGCUACUGCUAAACGUCGAUCUGUUAAAGAUAAAGAUAAACCAGAGCCCAUGGACGUCGAUGAAAAUGUUAGUCUAUCUAAACCAAAGACUCCGGGAAAACCAGGAAAGGAACCCGAAGACGUAUCACUUACACACAAAACACCAGCUGAGAUUAAACCAACGGAAGACCAAGCUGAAGCCAAACUCAGUGUCAAAAAACCUGAGAUUGUCGAAGAAAAAACUCUUAAGAGGCCUUCGCAAAAAGAUAAAAAUAAGGAUGUGGACACUGAGGAGGCUGUCAACCUUACUAAGCCUCGCACUAAGACCAGCACUACUGCCCCCGAAGAAGCAUCUCUCACACAAAAGACACCUGCCAAGAAAAAGCCAACGGAGGGAUCAGAAGCCGCGCAACUUAAAGUCAAAAAGCCGGCAGUCGUCAAGAAAGGGGACGAGGAUGAGGCACCUCUGACGGUACAAGGUGGUAAAUUUGAAAAGCCACAGCUCAAGAAAACUGUUGUUAAGAAGCCAACAGAACAACCUAAAAAAGCUGUUGCAGGAACUAAAAAUUAUAGCGACGGGCUGGAACUUGACUUUGUCGAUGACUAUGAAAGGCCAGUUCUUGAAAAAUAUGAAAAGAUCACACCAACACCCACAACCAGGGAAAAGAAAGAAAAGGAACAAACAAAGGUUACGAUGAUCGCUCAACAACAACAACGACUUGAAGUAAAGACUGAAAGCAGAAGAACGUCUAUUCAGAGUGAGGUCAAAGAAGAAGUACGGUCCGAAAGCCGAAAGAGCUCAAUUAUAGAAAAUCAAGCCGUAAAGCUUACAAAAGAAACAGCUGAGAGCAGGAAGUCUUCCAUAUCCUCAAUAGCUGAACAACAGCAAGUUGGAACACUUAAGAAGACUGCUCAAAAGACUACCAUAAAGGAACCGGAAUCAAGUGAAAUAAACAAAAUCAAGCUCAAGAAAGUUGCUGUUAAGGAAGAGAAAGUAGAAGAAGAAGUCAAAAAAGCCAAAGUAACUUCAGUGAAAAAGAAGGCCGAAGAUCUGCCCGAGAUCGCAGACUACGAUAGGCCUGAUCUUGAAAAAUAUGAGAAGAUAUCUCCCACACCAACAACAAGGGAUAAACCAGAAAAAGAUAAGCCAACUCCUAAGGUACCUGAAAUCAAGGCACCAGAGGAGAAACCGGCUGCUCCAAAGAUUGAAGUAAUUCGUGAAAAGUCUCCAAAACCAGACGCACCAAGAAAACCUUCACUAGGUCCUGGUCCUCCCGUCGCCAGACGUGGUUCUCUCAUUCCGCCACCAGAGGAAAUGGGACGCCGACCUUCUCUCAUUAUCAGUGACGAGGAGAAUAGAAAACUAAGACCUGGUGAGGUGAUCGAAGAGAAGAAGCGACGAAAGUCCGGCGACGCCAGGAGACCUUCGGUCCAAGAUCUGGAAGACCUCAUUAAUAAGCCUUCAGUACCUUUGAAACCUCUCGGCAAUGAGGGACCGCCGGUUAUUGUCGAUGCUCCAGAGAGCAAUUCUGCUGUUGAAGACCAAACUGGCUACCUCACGGUUCAAGUGGAAGGUAAUCCUGCGCCGACGUUCAAAUUUUACAAGGGCGUUACUGAAAUUAUUGAAGGAGGUCGUUUCAAGUUCAUCACCGAUGGUGAAACGGGUCUCAUAACGCUCUGCAUGAGAAAAGUUAAACCCAAUGAUGAGGGCAAAUAUAAAGUUGUGGUUAGUAACAUACACGGAGAGGAUUCCGCUGAAAUGCAACUCUACGUUUCUGAUUCGAGUGGUAUGGACUUCCGUGCUAUGCUCAAGAAAAGAAAGUACGCUAAAUGGGGCGAAAAGAAGGAAGAUCCCGACUGGGGAGAUCUCAAGGAAACCGAGAAACCUAUACCACCCCUUAAGAAAGUCGAAAGGAAACAAGAGUCGUUCCUGAAACCCCUCGUAGAUCAAUUCGCGAAAGAAGGCAAGGACAAGAAGGUGACUUUUGAAGCCAUCUUUACCAAGCCUAAUUCGAAGCCAAAAUGGUUCUUCCGCAAGGACGAACUCUUCCCAGGAUCAAAGUACAAAAUGACGAACGAGCAAGAUUCAUACAAACUGAUAAUCAUGAAUCCGAAAGUAGAAGAUACGGGUAAAAUCACAAUUGAAAUCGGCGGAAUUACUUGCACGGCUUUCCUACAAGUCGAUGAACCUGAUCCUACGUAUACCUUUACAAAAUCACUUAAGAAGACUACAAGUGGGUACACAUUACACGAAGUAGUCUUAGAAUGCGCCGUGUCAAACAGUCUCGCCAUUGUUUCUUGGUGGAAAGGAGAUCAGAAGUUAGAAGAUGGCGAUUAUUACCAGAUAUCUAAAGAUCUAUCAGGUGUAUGUAGACUACUAAUUAAGAGCGCUAAGUUUGAGGAUGCCGGAAAAUACGCCUGUAAAAUAGAGAAACAGCCUGAUAAAACUGAAACUGAUGUCAAGAUUGUGGAAUAUCCAUACAAAUUUACCAAAGUUCUUAAAUCGCAACAAGCGAUUGAGAAAGAUACCAUUACAUUACUUUGCGAACUUGACGAUGCUUCUGGUGAAGUGAACUGGUUCAAGAACGAUGAACCUUUGAAGACAGACAAGCGCGUGACAAUAGUGAAAGAUGGGCGCAAACGAAAAGUGGUGAUCAAGGAUGCUAAAGUAACGGACGCAGGAAACUUCAAAUGCGUCAGUAACGCCGAUGAAACUGCCUGCGAGUUGAUAGUCAAUUACUCGAAUCGCUUCAAUAAAAAGUUGAAGGACACCGAAGCAAUUGAGAGGGACAAGGUUGUGUUGGAAGUCGAGCUCCAGGAUCAGACUGCUGAAGCCGUCUGGUCUUUCAAUGGACAACCUAUUGUUCCUAAUGAGAGGAUUGAAAUUAAGAACCUGGGCGGCGGCAAACACCAACUUAUCUUUAAUAAAUUAGAGAUGGAAGAUGAUGGUGAGAUCCUAUGUGAAUCUGGCAAGCUGAGCUCUUCUUGUAAGCUCACUGUCAAAAAAGGAGAAUCGAAACCAACUAUCGAUUGUCCGGAUGAAUUUAAUGGACCAGCUGGACAGCCGUUUGUCAUUGAGGUGCCUUAUAAAGUUACCGGCACCCGACAAACGCCAAUUGAGGCUAAAUUGUGGAAAGAUGGAAAGGCAUUACCUGUUAAAGAAGUUGAAGCAGUUGUCGAACAGGAGAAGGUUCUAUUUAAGAUUAAGAAACCAACGAGAGAAGGAUCAGGCAAAUAUCAAAUCAAACUAACAAACGCCCAGGGUGAAGAUUCUAAAAACGUUACCAUUAACAUGCAGAGCGUACCUACACCCCCACAAGAUGUGGAAGUAUCGGAGAUUUUCCAGACGUCUUGUGUUGUCACUUGGAAAGCACCGCAGGACGAUGGUGGUUCGCCCCUUGUCAAAUACGUUAUUGAAAGACAGGAUUUAUCUCUCAAGGCUGGCUGGGAUAAUGUAGCUGAAGUACCAAGUGGUCAACCGACAAAGAUUAAGGUUGAAGAUCUUAUUGCGAAGAAGACUUAUAAAUUUAGGAUUCGUGCUGUUAACAAAAUUGGUUCCAGUGAACCUGGACUCUUUGGCAAGCCUGUACUGGCUAAAGAUCCAUGGGAUGAACCAUCCAAGCCGAAAAACGUCGAGCUUGCGGAUUGGGAUAAAGACCACGCUGAUCUCAAAUGGCAGAAGCCAGAUAACGAUGGUGGUGCACCAAUCACUGGUUACGUAAUUGAAUAUAAGGAGAAAUUCGGCAAGGACUGGGUAACUGGUAAAGAGGUUCCCGGAGACUGUCUAGCUGCAACGCAAGAUGGUCUUAAAGAAGGUUGUACCUAUGAGUUCAGGGUUCGUGCUAUCAAUAAAGCUGGACCUGGUGAACCUAGUGAUAGCACUAAGCCGAUUGUUGCCAAGUGCAGAUUUGUGAAACCCUACAUCAUUGGUGAGGGUCUUCAGGGUAUGAUAAUUAAAAAGGGACAGGUUAUUGUUUAUGAUAUUAAAUAUGCCGGCGAACCUGAACCCGAAGUUAAAUGGAUGAAGGGUGAAGAGAAACGAGGAAAGCCGUACACGGAGAAGGAAAUUCAUGAUGAUGGCGACCGCAUCACAAUUGACAAGUACGAAAGAAACACGGUGUUGACCGUCAGGAAGACCACCAGACCUGACAGCGGGAAGUACAAGUUGGUGCUGACUAACUCAUCAGGAACCUGCGAGAGUGUGGGCGAUGUUGUUGUGUUGGACAAACCAAACCGUCCGAAUGGUCCCAUUGAAGUCGCAGACAUCCGCGCCGAGAAGGCUACAGUCAAAUGGAAGAAACCAGACGACUGGCAAGGAUCCGACAUCACCGGAUAUACUCUCGAGAAAAUGGAUAUGGACACUGGAAACUGGGUACCAUGUGGCGAAACUGGACCAGAACCAACAGAAUUCCAAGUGAAGGGUCUCACUCCGAACCACAAAUAUAAAUUCAGGGUUCGCGCCGUCAACAAAGAGGGCGAAUCAGAACCACUAGAGACGGAUGGUUUCAUCGUCGCCAAAAAUCCGUAUGACCCACCAAAGGCGCCCAGCAAGCCUGUGAUCAUCGAUUAUGAUAAUGUAUCCGUGACGCUGAAAUGGGAGCCACCUUCGGACACCGGUGGAAGACCAAUCCUCGGAUAUGUGGUCGAAAGGAAGGAUAAAUUCUCUCCUGAUUGGAUUGAGGUGGUUAAAACAGAAGAUACCAACACUGAAUAUAAAGUGGAAGGGCUUAAAGAGAAGUUGGUGUACCAAUUCAGAGUAAAGGCCUACAAUAAGGCUGGUGUUGGAGAUGCUUCCGAACCAACUGACAACCAUCUCUGCAAGCAUAAGAACUUGAAACCUCGCAUCGAACGCAGCACAUUCAAAUCAGUCAUCAUCAAGGCUGGACGCACUCACAAGUGGUCGGUGGAUGUCUUUGGUGAACCACCACCAGAGUGCACAUGGUCGUGGCGUGAAAACAUCAAGCUGGUAAACACAGAACGUAUCAAGAUCGAGAACAAGGAAUACCACACUGACUUCACUAUAGUGAACGCGGUACGACGCGACACCGGCAAAUAUAAGUUGCGGGCCGAGAAUUGCAACGGCUUCGACGAGGAAACCGUCGAGCUGACUGUCCUUAGCAAGCCUAGCUCACCUAAAGGUCCACUUGAAGUGACAGAUGUACACGCCGAAGGCUGCAAGGUCAGAUGGGAAAAGCCAGAAGACGAUGGCGGCUCCCCAGUCAAGGAGUACGAGGUCGAGAAGAUGGACCUGGCUACUGGAAAGUGGGUCCGUGUUGGAAGAGUGGCCGGCGACAAGAAGCCUCUGGAGAUGGACAUCACUGGGCUCGAACCCGGCCAUCAAUACAAGUUCAGGGUGACAGCCGUCAACGACGAGGGUGACUCUGAACCCUUGGAAGCUGACCGCGCCAUACUCGCGAAGAAUCCAUUUGAUAUAUCUGACAAACCCAGCAACGUGCAAGUUGCUGACCACGACAACCAGAGUGCUGAGAUCAAAUGGGACCCACCCAAGUCCGAUGGUGGCGCGCCCGUCCAGAAGUACAUCAUACAGAAGAAGCCCAAGGGCGGAGACUGGGAGAAUGCUGGAGAGGUGCCUGGUACAGCCACAUCAGCGAAGGUGGAUGGAUUACCAGAGGGUAGUGAGUACCAGUUCCGAGUGAUCGCAGUCAACAAGGCCGGCCAGUCUGAACCAUCAGACCCGACCAAGCUGACCACCAUCAGACACAAAUCCCUGAAACCACGCAUUGACCGCACCAAUCUGAAGGCAUUAGCGGUGCGUGCUGGUAAGCCGAUCUUCUUCGACGUCAACGUCAAGGGCGAACCGGCGCCUAAAGUGCAAUGGUUCCAGAAAUGGAAAGCAGAUGAGAAGGAGGUGACAGAGAAUGUAAUCAACGUAGAUUACAAUACGAAACUGGAUAUUAAAGAAUCCGUACGCUCCAUGACCGGCACGUACCGCAUCCUGGCAACCAAUGAGCACGGCAAGGACGAAGCUGAAGUGGAGAUCACCGUCUUAUCAGCACCCGGCAAACCCGGCGGACCACUUAAGGUUGCAGAUGUUACAAAGUCUGGUUGCAAAGUGUCUUGGAAGAAACCAGAAGAUGAUGGUGGUAAACCAGUUACUGGUUACGUAGUAGAGAAACUAAACAAAGCAACUGGUCGGUGGGUGCCUGUGGGCAAGACCGACGACACAGAGAUGGAAAUCAAGGGGUUGCAAGAGGGUGAAGAGUACGAGUUCAGAGUGAGGGCCGUCAACGAGGAGGGCGAGUCUGAACCACUGAAGACUGACCACUCGAUUGUCGCUAAGAAUCCUUAUGAUAUCCCUGGUAAACCCUCUGUGCCCACAAUCGAGGACUGGGACGUGGACCGAGUGGACCUGAAGUGGGAGGCGCCCAAGAACACCGGCGGUGCACCCAUCACGGGCUACGUCAUCGAAAAGAAGGAGAAAUUCGGACAGUGGCAAGAAGCGCUUACUACCAAUACACCAGAGUGCAAAGCUCGCGUGCCGGACCUGAAGGAAGGCAAUACGUACCAGUUCCGCGUCCGCGCCGUCAAUAAAGCCGGACCUGGAGAGCCAGGUGACGCUACACAGCCGCACGUCGCCAAGGCUAGAUUCUUGAAACCACACAUAAACCGAGACAAGAUGGGCGCUAUCCGUAUACGUGCUGGCACCACCAUCAGAUUGGAUGUAGACAUCAAGGGUGAACCUCCACCAACCAAAACGUGGACAUUCGCAAAGAAGGUCUUGGAAACGGCACCAGGCGUGAAACUAGAAAACGAGGACUACAACACUCGUCUUCAAAUCUUUGAGACCACAUGGAAGAACUCUGGUAUCUACACGCUCAAAGCGGAGAACGAUUCUGGAGUCGACGAAGCUACCGUCGAAGUUACUGUGCUUGACAAACCGGGCAAGCCCGAAGGACCAUUGGAAGUGUCCGAUGUCCACGCAGACCACGCCAAGCUGAAGUGGAACAAGCCGAAACACACUGGCGGUCUACCUCUCAGUGCGUACGUGGUUGAGAAGAUGGACGCACUGACCGGGAAGUGGGUGCCUGCAGGUACCAUCGACCCGGACACCACUGAGGCUACUGUCACUGGUCUGGAACAAGGCCACACAUAUCAGUUCCGCGUCAAAGCUCUCAACGAAGAAGGUGAAUCAGAACCUUUGGAAACUGACCACGGUACCCUAGCUAAGAACCCGUACGACGUGCCGGCCGCUCCUGGUCUACCCGACAUCGUAGACUGGGACGAGAAGUCCGCUAAACUCAAAUGGGAACCUCCUAUUAGGGACAACGGUGCCCCUAUUACCGGAUAUAUUAUUGAAGUUAUGGACAGAGAUAGAGGUGAAUUCGUUAAGGCGGCUGAGAUUCAAGGCAACGUUUGUCAAGGAACUGUGCCGAAGCUGGAGGAAGGCAACCAAUAUCAGUUUAGAAUCCGCGCCGUUAACAAAGCCGGCCAGUCGGAACCUUCAGAGAACACCAACUGGCACACUGCUAAACCGAGAUUCUUGAAACCAAGAAUUGAUCGUACAAAUCUUAAACCUUUAACGGUGAAAGCUGGCCUUCCCGUCUCCCUCGACGUUAAAGUCUUCGGCGAGCCUCCGGCAACCGUUACCUGGUUCUUCAAGGGCGAGGAGUUGAAGAACAAUGAGAACUUGGAGAUCAUCAACGUUGAUUACAAUACCAAGUUCCUGAUGACCAAGAGCAAGAGAGCUAAUACCGGCAAAUAUGUAAUUAAAGCUAAGAAUGAAGUGGGAGAAGAUGAGGCCGAAAUUGAAAUCACCAUACUCGGCAAACCGUCUAAACCUAAGGGACCAUUAGAAGUAUCAGACGUUACGAAGAACGGAUGUACGCUGGCGUGGAAGAAACCGGAAGAUGACGGUGGCUCCCCCGUCGAGUACUACGAGAUUGAGAAAUUGGACCCGCUCACAGGACAAUGGAUCCCAUGCGGUACUGCUAAGGAUUGCAAGGCCAACAUCACUGGUCUCCAAGAGGGCAAGCCUUACAAGUUCCGAGUGAAGGCAGUCAACAAAGAGGGCGAGUCGGAAGAACUCGAGACCGAGAAGCCGAUCAUCGCUAAGAAUCCCUUCGACGAGCCCGGCAAGCCUGGUCGUCCUGAACCUCGUAAUUGGGACAAAGACUUCGUGGAACUGGAGUGGAGUCCACCGAAAGAAGAUGGCGGAGCGCCUAUCACCGGUUACAUUAUACAGAAGAGAGAGAAAGGCGGCAGAUCAUGGCAAGAUUGCCUGCGUACAUCGGGUGACCGACCCACUGGCCGCGUGACGGACGUGGAGGAAGGUCGCGAAUACGAGUUCCGCGUGAUAGCUGUCAACAAGGCUGGUCCUGGCGAGCCGUCAGACCCGAGCAAAUCUGUCAUCACUAAACCUAGAUUCUUGGCUCCAAAAAUCGACCGCAAGAACCUACAAAAGCGAAAGAUCAAGGUCGGCCAACUGCUCAAAUUCGAAGCGGACGUCAAGGGUGAACCUGAACCGAAAAUCACGUGGACCUUCAAAGAUAAACCCCUCAAGGACGAGGAGAGGUUGAAGAUCGAGAAUAAAGAUUACCACACGUCAUUCUCGCUGCAGAAGGUGACCAGAGCAGACAGCGGCAAGUACGUUGUGACAGCGAAGAACGACUCUGGUACUGACAGCGUUGAGAUCGAAGUUGACGUUGUCAGUAAACCUGCUAAACCUAAAGGACCUCUAAAGGUCUCAGACGUCAAGGCUGAUGGCUGCAAACUGAAAUGGGAUCCACCAGAAGACGACGGCGGUGAACCCGUCGAGAGCUACGUAGUUGAACGAAUGGAUACGGACUCUGGCAGAUGGGUGCCCGUCUGCACCACCAAGACCCCUGAAGCUGACGUCACUGGCCUCAAUGAGGGCAAGGAUUAUAUGUUUAGAGUUAAAGCAGUCAACCCUGAGGGUGAGAGCGAACCGUUAGUCACGGAAACCGCCACUACUGCAAAGAAUCCUUACGGUGAACCUGACGCACCUGGUAAGCCAGAAUUCAAAGACUGGAGCAAAGACCAUGUGGACCUCAAGUGGGAGAAACCUGCCAGCGACGGUGGUGCUCCCAUUACAGCUUACAUCGUCGAGAAGAAGGACCGAGACACCGGCAAAUGGGUGAAGGCUGCUGAGGUUCCAGGCAAUAAGACAGAAGCACGCGUGCCUGAUCUGAUCGAAGGCAAAACAUACCAGUUCCGCGUGAAAGCGGUGAACAAAGCUGGACCGGGGAAACCGUCCACGGCGUCUGAGAACCUGCUUGCAAAGGAUAGAUUCGCACCGCCGAAGAUCGAUCGUACCAACAUGCGCGAUAUCACAAUCAAAGCGGGACAGAACAUUCGCCUUGACAUCAAGGUCUCGGGCGAACCGCCACCAUCUAAAACAUGGUUCCACAACAAAGAGCGUCUGUCCACUCGCGAUGAUCUCACCGUGGAUACUGAAGACUACCGCACCAAGUUAUCAAUUGUGAUCACAUCUCGCAAGCACAGCGGUACAUAUGUACUGAAGGCUGAGAACAGCAGCGGUAGGGAUGAGGCCACCAUACAAGUGAUUGUAUUGGACGUGCCCGCUAAACCUGAAGGACCACUCAAGAUCUCAGAUGUCCACAAAGAGGGUUGCACCCUCAAAUGGAAUCCUCCAGUGGACGACGGUGGCGCCCCCAUCGACCACUAUCUCGUGGAGAAACUCGAUACGGAAACUGGAAGAUGGAUGCCGGCGCUGAAGACCAAGGACCCCAAGGCGGAAAUAGAGAACUUAGUUCCUGGACACGAAUACAAGUUCAGAGUAUCUGCGGUCAACAACGAGGGUGUGUCGGAACCGCUGGAAGCUGACCACUCGAUCAUUGCUAAGAAUCCAUUCGAUGAGCCUGGUAAACCAGGCACUCCCGAGGUAGUAGAUUGGGAUAAGGACCACGUGGAUCUCAAAUGGGAGAAGCCUCUGAAGGAUGGUGGAGCACCCAUUACUGGAUACGUUAUCGAGAAGAGGGAAGUCGGAUCACCAAAGUGGGUGAAAGCCUGCGAGGUUGGUCCUAAUGAUAAUGAAAAGGCAACAGUACCGAACUUAGACGAAGGUGUGGAAUACGAGUUCCGGGUGAAAGCUAUCAAUGAAGCGGGUCCUGGAGAACCCUCAGACGCCAGCAAGUCCGUAGUUUGCAAACCAAGGAGACUGGCUCCGAAGAUCGACCGUCGCAACCUCCGCACCAUCAAGGUACACGAAGGCGAGCCCAUCGCGCUAGACGUGAAGGUCUCCGGCGAGCCUCCACCAGAUGUCACGUGGACUCUCAACGGAAAGUCCGUCACCAGCGGUAACGGUCUCAAAUUGGUGGAUGUGCCAUAUCUGACCAAGUAUCAGCACGCAAGCCCGCGUCGCAAGGACUCCGGCACCUACAAGAUACAAGCCGUCAACAAGUACGGCCAGGACACAGCCGAACUGGAAAUCAUAGUCACAUCCAAACCGGAGAAACCUGAAGGUCCACUAGAAGUAUCAGACAUCCACAAAGACGGAUGCAAGCUGAACUGGAAACGGCCCAAGGACGACGGCGGUGAACCCAUCGAGGCGUACCUUGUGGAGAAGUACGACCCUGAGACUGGCAGCUGGAUGCCAGUUGGGAAGACUCUUGGAAAUGUACCUGAGAUGGAGGUGGAUGGGUUAAUCCCCGGACAUGAAUAUAAGUUCAGAGUGAAGGCGCUCAACAAAGAGGGUGAAUCGGAGCCGCUGGAGACAUUUGGAUCCAUCGUCGCGAAGGAUCCAUUCACGGUACCAGAUGCGCCCUCAGCACCAGUGCCAGACGACUGGUCAGCCAGCCACGUGGAUCUCAAGUGGGAGCCGCCAAUAUCAGACGGUGGAUCUCCCAUCAUUGGUUACAUCAUUGAGAAGAAAGACAAGUACAGUCCACUGUGGGAGAAAGCUGUGGAGACUCAUACUCCUACACCUACUGCUACAGUUAAUGGGCUGAUCGAAGGCAAUGAAUACCAGUUCCGCGUGGUCGCAAUUAACAAAGCGGGCCAGAGUAAACCUUCCGAUGCCAGCAAGAACUUUGUGGCCAAGCCACGGUUCCUCGCUCCCAAAAUCGACAGAAGACACCUGCGCGAUGUCACCAUCUCCGCUGGCUCCACUCUCAAGCUGGAGGCUGCUAUCACUGGCGAGCCUGCACCAGCUGUUGAAUGGAGAUACCAAAACAUGCCGCUCCGACCGUCCAAGGCGGUCACCAUCGACAGUCCGGAUUACUUCACGAAGCUGGUAGUCCGGCCGGUCAGACGCGAUGACACCGGCGAGUACACCGUCACUGCCGUCAACUCGAGCGGUAGAGAUACCGUCACCAUUAAUGUGGUCGUCACUGAUAAGCCGAACAAACCUGAAGGACCACUACAGAUCUCAGACGUACACAAAGAAGGAGCGACAUUGAAAUGGAAGCGUCCAAAGGACGACGGUGGAGCACCUAUCGAGUACUACCAAAUCGACAAACUGGAUACAGAAACCGGUUGCUGGGUGCCCUGUGCGCGUUCUGAUGAGCCCAAGUGCGACGUGACCGGCCUGACUCCGGGCAAGGAGUACAAGUUCCGUGUGGCGGCCGUCAAUUCGGAAGGCGAGUCGGAGCCCCUCAUAUCUGAAGGCACCAUCGUCGCCAAGAAUCCCUUCGACGAGCCUGGCGCGCCUGGUACACCAAGCGUGACGGACUGGGACAAGGACCACGUGGACCUCAAAUGGACCCCACCCACCAACGACGGCGGCGCCCCCAUCGAGGGGUACGUCGUCGAGAAGAAGGACAAGUUUGGCAACUGGGAGAAGGCACUCGAAGUGCCAGCAGACAAAACUACGUGCACUGUGCCUGAUCUCAUCGAAGGGCAGACAUACGAGUUCAGAGUGCGUGCGGUAAACAAAGCCGGGCCGGGAGAGCCUAGCGACAGCACGCAUCCGAUUAUUGCCAAGCCCAGGAAUCUCGCUCCCAAGAUCGAUAGGACCAACCUCAUUGAUAUCAAGAUCAAGGUCGGACAGAAGUUCGGAUUCGAUGUCAAGGUUACAGGUGAACCAAUGCCCGAGACCAAAUGGUUCCUCGCCAAAAAGGAGGUCAAAUCCGGGGGUGAUACCAAGGUUCAACAUUCGGAUUACAACACGAAACUGAAUUGCAAGGCAGCCACCCGCGCAGACAGCGGCCGCUACACCAUCACCGCCGAGAACAGCAACGGCAAGGAUGUGGCUGAGGUGGAAGUCAUCGUUCUCAGUGUGCCCAGCCCGCCUGGAGGACCACUCAAGGUGUCGGACGUGCACGCGAACGGCGCUAAGCUGUCGUGGAACCCGCCCGCGGACGACGGCGGGCAGCCCGUCGACAAGUACGUGGUGGAGCGCAUGGACGAGGCCACCGGGCGCUGGCUGCAGGCCGGCGAGACCGACGGCCCGCUCACCAGCCUCGCCGUCGACGGCCUGCAGCCCGGACACAAGUACAAGUUCCGCGUGCGCGCAGUCAACAGACAAGGCAAGUCAGAACCACUUACGACGCCUCACGCUACCGAAGCCAAGAAUCCGUUCGACGUGGCAGGCAAGCCUGGCACUCCAAAGAUCAAGGACUUCGACAAAGACUUUGUGGAACUGGAAUGGACUCGGCCGGAAAGCGACGGUGGCGCCCCUAUUACGGGAUAUGUUAUUGAAAAGAAGGACAGAUUCGCGCCGGACUGGGAAGAAUGUGCUCAGAUCGAAGGCGAUGUAACAUCCGGAAAAGUACCUGAUCUGAUCGAAGGCAAUACGUAUGAGUUCAGAGUCCGCGCUGUCAAUAAGGCCGGACCUGGAGUCCCAAGUGAUGGCACAGCGCCCCACUUGGCGCGACCCAAGAAUCUACCUCCCAAGAUUGACAGGAACUUCAUGUUCGAUAUUAAGGUCAAGUCUGGACAGAACUUCGAGCUCGAUGUCCCCGUCGCCGGUGAGCCGACGCCAACUAAGGAGUGGCAGCAUGGAGAUAAUAUUGUCAUCAAUACUGACAGGAUUAAAUUGGUUAACGACACUCAUUCCACUAAGUUCCGCGUUGUCGAUGCUAAGAGAGCUGAUUCGGGAACUUACACGCUUAAAGCCAAGAAUAUCAACGGAACAGACACAGCGACUGUUAAGGUGCUCGUUCUCGAUGUACCACUACCACCCGAAGGGCCACUCCGAGCUGAUGAUAUCACCAAGUCCGGCUGUACACUUCGCUGGAGGCCACCUAAAGAUGAUGGUGGCAGUGAAAUUACUCAUUAUGUUGUUGAAAAAAUGGACCAAGAGAACAUGCGUUGGGUACCAGCGGGUGAUGUACAAGCCUGCAGUAUUAGGAUAGAUCAUCUUAUUGAAGGCCACGAUUACAACUUCCGUGUCCGCGCUGUCAACAAACAAGGAGAGUCUCAACCCCUUGUCGGACACGAACCCGUUACCGCCAAAGAUCCCUACGGAACACCAGACAAACCCGGCACUCCAGUUGUCAAGGACUGGGACAAGGAUCACAUGGACUUGGAAUGGGUACCGCCUAAAAAAGACGGCGGUUCCCCAGUCACAGGUUAUAUUAUCGAAGCAAAGAAGAAAUAUGGACCAUGGGAAGUUGCUGCAACAGUACCAGGGAACCAGACGACAGCUACUGUUCCUGGUUUACAAGAAGGAGAGGAGUAUGAAUUUAGAGUUAUCGCAGUUAAUAAAGCUGGAAAUGGUGAACCGAGCGACGCUUCCACGCCACAAGUUGCAAAGGCACGUUAUUGCGCGCCGCACUUCGACAAGAUGCUUCUUGCUGAUAAGACUGUUAAAGCAGGACAGAGGAUACAAUAUGAGAUACCUAUCGAAGCAUCACCAAAGCCAACUGUUGAAUGGCAAAUCAAUGGUAAAGUCGUUCAUCCGUCAGAUCGUAUCGAUAUUCAAAUUUUGCAUAAUAGGGUCAUCCUAGACAUUCCAUUCUCCGUCCGCGCUGACGGAGGCGUUUACAAACUGACCCUGAAAAACGAUCUCGGAAUUUGUUCAGGAACCGCUCAAGUUACCGUACUUGAUAAACCAUCAAGACCUGAGAAGCCCCUUGCAGUUUCUGAUGUCACUAAAGACUCCUGCUCGCUUUCGUGGAAGAUUCCUCUCGAUGAUGGCGGAUCACCUAUCUUACAUUAUGUUAUUGAAAAAAUGGACUUAAGUCGUGGCACGUGGUCUGAUGCUGGUAUGAGCACAUUCCUAUCACACCAAGUAACCAGAUUAAUACAUAUGAAAGAAUAUUUGUUCAGAGUCAGUGCCGUGAACGCAAUUGGUCAAUCUGAACCAUUGGAAUUAGACCGCGCUAUUGUUGCAAAGAACGAAUUCGAUGAACCAUCAGCACCUGGUAAACCUGAAGCUACAGACUGGAGCAAAGACCAUGUGGACUUACAAUGGACAACACCUAAAUCUGAUGGAGGAUCUCCUAUCACUGGUUACAUUGUCCAGAAGAAAGAAAAGGGCAGCCCAUACUGGGUGAACGCUGUUCAUGUACCGCCUAACAAGAAUAAAGCGACAGUACCAGAUCUAAUUGAAGGCCAAGAUUAUGAAUUCCGUGUAAUAGCUGUUAAUCAAGCUGGACAAUCUGAGCCUAGUGAGCCUUCUGAUAUUAUCACCGCCAAAGACAGAUUUGUGGCGCCAAAGAUUAUUACGCCACUUAAAGAGAUUCGCAUCAAGGCUGGUCUCAUUUUCCACUUGGAUGUUAACUUUAUUGGCGAGCCGACUCCUGAAGUUAAAUGGACUAACGAUGGUAAACCAGUUGCUACAAAUGAGAGAACAACAGUCACAUCUGUUGGACAUCACACUAUCAUACACACUGUGAACUGCAAACGGUCAGAUGCUGGCAAAUACCAUUUAUUAUUAAAGAACGAUUCUGGCUCUGAUGAGGGCAGCUUCGACCUUAUCGUAUUGGAUGUGCCUGGACCACCACAAGCUCCAUUUGCAUACGAGGAGAUCACUGCACAGUCGGUAACUUUGUCAUGGAAACCUCCUAAAGAUAAUGGUGGUAGUGAACUUACUGCCUACGUUAUUGAAAAGAGAGAUCUUACACAUGGAGGCGGCUGGGUACCAGCUGUUACAUAUAUCAACCCUAAGUAUAACCACGCAACUGUGCCCAGACUUCAAGAAGGUACACAAUACGAGUUCAGAGUCUUUGCUGAAAACUUGCAGGGUCGAUCUGAACCAUUGGUAACUGACAAACCAGUCGUGGCAAAGAAUCAAUACACAGUACCUGGUAAACCAGGUAAACCAGAGCUAGUAUCUGCUGAUAAGGACCAUAUUAAAAUUAAAUGGUCGUCGCCAAUAUCUAACGGUGGGUCUAAUAUUCUUGGAUAUGACGUUGAAAGAAGAGAUAAGGCUACGGGCCGAUGGGUUAAAUUGAACAAGGAACCGGUUAGAUCAAGUGAAUACAACGAUGAUAGGGUACAGGAUGGACACCAAUACGAAUACAGAGUAUCAGCUGUCAACGCUGCCGGCCCUGGUCAACCAUCAGAUCCAUCAAAUGUAUUCAUUGCUAGACCAAUGAAAGAAAAACCAAAACUGUCAUUAGACCACCUGAUUGGUCGUAAGAUUAAGGUCCGUGCUGGUGAACCAAUAAACAUUAACAUUCCAAUUACUGGUGCUCCAACACCUACUGUUACUUGGUCUAAAGGAACAAUACCUCUACCAGCGUCUAACAGAAUAUCGACAGAAACGAAGAUGGAUGAAACCAAAUUCAGUAUCGAGAAAUCUACUAGAGAUGAUGCUGGCAAAUAUACUGUUACUGCCAGUAAUGAGUAUGGCAAAGAUUCUGCUGACAUUGAAGUCAUUGUUGUCGAUAAACCUGGCCCACCGAAAGGACCUCUUCUAUGUACUCCAGUCACACAUGAUGCAAUUAGUCUCACUUGGCAUCCACCUACAGACGAUGGCGGCAGCGAAAUUACCGGUUAUGUUGUAGAAGUAGCAGAAUUCGGAGUUAAUGACUGGCGAACUGUCGCUGGUUUUUGUCCGAAGUGCUCGUUUACCGUUAAGAAUUUGACCGAAGGUAAGAAAUACGUGUUUAGAGUACGCGCUGAAAACUUGUAUGGCGUCUCAGAACCAUUAGAAAGCAAGCCUACGAUUGCGAAAUCACCAUUCGACCCGCCAGAUGCGCCAGAUACACCAAAGAUCACUGGAUACAGUGCAAACAACUGCUCUCUCGAAUGGCAGCCACCAGCAAACUGUGGUGGCAAGCCUAUUACUGGAUAUUACGUUGAGAAGAGAGAACGUGGCGGCGACUGGGUGAAAGUCAACAACUAUCCAACGCCAAAUACCUGUUACACAGUUCCGGAUCUCCGUGAAGGCAACCGUUAUGAGUUCCGCGUAAUUGCUGUCAAUGAAGCUGGCCCUGGCAAACCCAGCAAGCCUACUGAACCUAUCACAGCAGAAACACAGCGUCUUAAGCCAAGCGCACCUGAAGCACCUAAGCCCGAUAGAGUCACAAAAGAUUCAGUUACAUUAUCAUGGAGACCACCAAAGAAUGACGGUGGAUCUAAAAUCAAGGGAUACAUCAUUCAACAGAAAGGAAAGGGUGAUAAAGAUUGGAAAGACGUCAAUGAUGUUCCCAUUCCGGGUCUUGUACACACAGUACCAAAGCUCAAGGAAGGUGCUGAAUAUCAGUUCAGAGUUAUCGCUGUCAACGACGUUGGUAGGUCGGAUCCAAGUAAACCAACAUCAGAUAUCACUAUCGCUGAACAGCCUAACAAGCCUUGUAUGGAUCUUGGUGGAGUCAGAGACAUCACAGUACGAGCUGGAGAGGACUUCUCUAUCCACGUACCGUACACUGGUUUCCCUCAACCCACAGCAUCAUGGUUUGCUGAUGAUAACCUGCUUGAUGUAGAAAAAGAUCCUAGAAUAUUCCAAAAGAUUACACCAGAUUCCGCGUCGCUUGUCGUCAAGGACGCUAAGCGCACCGAUGGUGGACAAUAUCGUUUACAGUUACGUAAUCCAUCUGGCUACGAUACGGCGACAAUUAACGUCCGUGUUCUCGAUAGACCUGGCAAACCAGAGAACCUACGCGCUGAUGAAUUCGAAGGCGAAGCGCUGACAUUAUACUGGAAUCCGCCAAAGGACAACGGCGGCGGUGAAAUUACAAACUAUGUAGUUGAAAAACGCGAAGCUCGUACUGGCAACUGGACCAAGGUGUCUGGUUAUGUGACCACUCCAUUCUUGCGAGUUAAAAACUUAAGCGUCGGAAGGGAUUACGAGUUUAGAGUUAUGGCAGAGAACCAGUACGGUCAAUCUGACCCAGUGCAGACAACAGAGCCAAUCAAAGCGAGACAUCCAUUCGAUCCUCCUGGCCCACCAGGUGUUCCACGGUCUAUCGAAACUACCGAAUCGUCUAUUACAAUUACUUGGACGAAGCCGCGUCAUGAUGGCGGUUCUCCUAUCACUGGUUACGUAGUCGAGAAGAGAUUGAUAACAGAAGAUAAAUGGACUAAAGCUUCUCAUGCACACAUUCCAGACACCACUUAUAAAGUUACAGGGUUGAUUGAAAACCACGAAUAUGAGUUCCGCGUGGCGGCUAUUAACGCUGCAGGCCAGGGACCUUGGUCGCAGAGCUCGGAUGCUAUCCGUGCGUGCGCGCCACCUAACUCACCGCGCAUCACCAGUGACCUCAGCCUUCGCGACAUCACUGUCAUCGCUGGCGAGGAGAUCAAAAUCACUGUGCCUUUCACUGGCAACCCAAGGCCGAAGGUCUCAUGGGUGGUGAACAACGAGGAAGUUUUCCCAGACAGUCGUAUUCGUUUCGUUACCUCCGAUGUGGACACAGUAUUCCUAAACUCGAGCGCUAAGCGUUCAGAUACCGGUUCCUACACGAUACAGCUGGUCAACAGCGAAGGUUCCGACAGCGCUACUUGCAGGGUUUUGGUAGUGGACAAACCAUCCCCACCAGUGGGACCAUUGGACGCAUACGACAUUACACCAGACACAUGCACAUUGUCAUGGAAACCACCGCUCGAUGAUGGCGGCUCACCAAUCACAAAUUAUGUGGUCGAAAAGAUGGACGGCAGUGGAGUAUGGAGCAAGAUUUCAUCAUUUGUCCGAAACUGCCACUACAAUGUGAUGGGUCUGGAACCCAACAAGAAAUACACAUUCAGGGUUCGAGCGGAGAACCAAUAUGGUGUCUCUGACCCACUCACUAUGGAUGAUUCGAUUACAGCCAAGUUCCCGUUCACGAUCCCCGAGCCACCGGGCGCACCGCGCGUGGUGGAGUGGGACGGGUCGAGCGCGUCGCUGGUGUGGGACCGGCCGCGCUCCGACGGCGGCGCGCGCAUCCAGGGGUACAAGCUCGAGUACCGCGACGUCAGGGACGGCGUCUGGAACGGCGCGGACUACCUCGUCAAGGACUGCAACUACCAGGCGUACAACCUGGAGCCGGGCCACGAGUACGAAUUUCGCGUGCGCGCAAAGAACGCCGCCGGCUUCAGCAAGUACUCCGCGAGCUCGGCGCCGUACAAGGUGCGGCCGCGCUGCACCCCGCCGGAACCCGUGCGGGCCCCGCGCGUCGGCAGGAACUACGCCGACCUCAGCUGGGACCCGCCCGCAAACGACGGAGGUUCUCGCGUUACCGGCUACAUCAUCGAGCGACGAGACGUUGGCGGUUCUGUUUGGGUUAAAUGCAAUGACUACAAUGUACAAGAUACCACCUUCACGGCAAUGAAUCUCGGAGAGAAGUCCGACUACGAGUUCCGUAUCAUCGCUGUAAAUUCUGCCGGCAAAUCCGAACCGUCCACAUGCACGACUCCGGUCCGCACCGGCGAGGAGAUCGGAGGAACGAAGCCGGAAUGGGUGAAACCAUUACCUCCACACAUGGCGGCGCCGCUCGGUCGCCCCUUCACUCUGGAGUGCGUGGCAACCGGCAACCCAAUACCGACUGGUCGCUGGCUGAAGAACGGACGCGAGAUCGUUCUUGGCACCAGAUUUAUUGCGGAGUCCCGCGAGGGCACUCUGAAGUUGAACAUCCUGGAGGCGACGGAUGCGGACGAUGGUGACUACACAUGCGAAGCCGUCAACAAUAUCGGCUUCAUCUACUGUAUUGGACAUCUCAAGAUUGGAAACCCACCGCGUAUCACCCGCAUGCCUGGAGACCUCCACCUGCCGGAGCAUGACAAUACCAAGAUCAAGAUCCUGUACACGGGAGACCAGCCCGCUGACGUCACGCUCACCAAGGACGGCCACAAGCUGGUGGACUCCCCACACCUCAAAUACACCGUCUUCGAUGACUACAUCCUCAUAUUUAUUAAGGACAUCAGCAAGGAUGAUAUGGGCUUAUACAAGUUGACGAUCAAGAACAACUCCGGAGAAGUAUCCGAUACGUUCUCCGUCACUGUCACUGGCCUGCCCGGACCUCCCCAGGGUCCUCUGGAGACCACAGACAUCAGCCGUCACUCGUGCACACUGGCAUGGAAACCACCAACUUACGACGGCGGCUUACCAGUCACUCAUUACGUCAUCGAGCGUAAUGACACGUCAGGAACUGCCUGGAUUACAAUAGCAUCAUCAGUGAGAGAUACCAGGUUCACAGUCCAAGGACUGACGGAGGGACAGGAAUAUAACUUCAGGAUACAUGCAGCUAAUGAGAAUGGCAUCGGACCGGCGUUGGAGGGUGCAAAUCCGAUUAGGGCCAAGGCACCAUUCGAUCCUCCGUCUGCGCCUGGAGUUCCGAAGAUUCUGGAAGUUGGCGGCGAUUUUGUGCACUUAGAAUGGGAGAAACCCGAGAACGAUGGAGGUGCUAGAAUACAAGGUUACUGGAUAGACAAACGCGAAGUGGGUGCAUCGACAUGGCAGCGUGUGAAUGCGGUCCUGUGCCUGCCGAAUCAAAUUAACUGUUCCAACCUGAUCGAAGGUCGCCAGUAUGAGUUCCGCGUUACUGCGCAGAACGAGGCUGGUCUUUCACCACCCAGCAGCGCCAGUCAACAAGUCAAGGUCGUCGACCCCAAAGCUGCUACUCCACCGGAGAUUGUGAAGCCACUGAAGAAUGCCAACUGCAUCCAGUACCACAACGCUAAGUUCCAAUGCACCAUCACAGGGUCACCGAGACCUACUAUCACUUGGUACAAGGGUGCUCGUGAAAUAACAAACGGACCACGCCACCGCAUCUGGAGCGAGGGUGACAACCAUUUCCUUACUGUGAUGGACGUGUUCGGUGAAGACGCCGAUGAAUACGUCUGCCGCGCUGUCAACCGCGCCGGCGUUAAGUCCACCCGAGCUGAGUUGCUCAUCAUGACCGCACCGAAACUGAACGUACCACCGCGCUUCCGUGUGACGGCAUACUUCGACAAGGGCGAGAAUGUGGUGGUAAAGAUACCGUUCACUGGCCACCCGGUGCCCAAGAUCACGUGGGUCAGGGAAGGAGAGACCAUCGAGUCUGGUCUACACUACCACGUUGAAAGAAAAGAACGUCAUGCGAUACUGACCAUCCGUGACGCCAGCAAGCUGGACUCUGGACCUUAUAGGAUCACGGCCGAGAACGAGCUGGGACAGGACUCUGCCAUCAUCAAUAUUGAAAUCAGCGACCGUCCGGACCCACCGCGGUUCCCAGCUGCGGACAACAUCGGCGUGGACUCGCUGGCACUGAGCUGGAAGGCGCCCGUGUGGGACGGCGGCUCAGACAUCACCAACUACCUGGUGGAAAAGAGGGAACACCCCAUGUCCAGCUGGAUAAGAGUUGGCAACACCAGGUUUACUACAAUGGCGAUCACUGGUCUGGUACCAGGCAAGCAAUACGAGUUCCGAGUAUACGCUGAGAACAUCUACGGUCGAUCAGAUCCUAGCGACACUACGUCUCUGGUGCAGACCAAGGCGGUCGUCAAGAAGGAAUUCAAGAAGAAGGAAUACCCAGUGGACGAAACCGGCAAACGCAUCCGCUCCAACGCAGACCACGGUCCAGUCAAGGACUACGAUAGUUACGUGUUUGACAUCUACAGUAAAUAUGUGCCCCAGCCAGUGGACAUUAACACGUGCUCCGUCUACGAUAAAUAUGAUAUACUCGAGGAGAUUGGCACAGGCGCAUUUGGCGUGGUCCAUCGUUGCCGCGAGAGAAGCACUGGCAACUACUUCGCGGCUAAAUUCAUCCCGGUGACGGGAGCAAUGGAGAAGGAGCUCAUUAAGAAGGAGAUAGACAUAAUGAACCAACUGCACCAUAGGAAGCUAAUCAAUUUACACGAUGCAUUCGAAGAUGAUGAUGAAAUGGUGCUUAUAUUCGAAUUCUUAUCUGGAGGUGAACUGUUCGAGCGCAUCACAGAGCCGGGCUACAACAUGAGCGAAGCAGAGGCCGCGCACUACAUGCGACAGAUCUGCGAGGGAGUCCGCCACAUGCACGAACAGAACAUCAUCCACCUGGACCUGAAGCCGGAGAAUGUCAUGUGCCAGACUAGAACCGGCACUGAUGUUAAGAUCAUUGACUUCGGCCUAGCUACAAAAUUAGACCCGAACGAGGUAGUGAAGAUAUCGACGGGUACAGCGGAGUUCGCGGCGCCAGAGAUUGUGGAGCGGGAACCGGUUGGUUUCUACACAGACAUGUGGGCUGUUGGAGUACUCGCCUACGUAUUGUUGUCAGGACUGUCACCGUUCGCUGGAAAUAAUGAUAUAGAAACAUUGAAGAAUGUGAAAGCAUGCGACUGGGAAUUCGAUGAUGAGGCAUUCCAACACGUGUCAGACGACGCCAAAGACUUCAUUAGGAGGCUACUCGUCAAAAAUAAGGAGAAGCGUCUGACGGCGCACGAGUGCCUGGCGCACAAGUGGCUGGCGGGCGACGGCGCCGCCGGGCGCACCGCCACCAUCGAGGCGCGCCGCUACCUCGCGCUCAGGGACCGGCUGCGGCGCAGAUACGACAACUGGUCGUCGUUCGUGCUACCGAUCGGCAGGCUAAGCGAGUACAGUUCGCUGCGCAAACUACUCAUCGAGAAAUGGAAGAUCUACGAUGGACAGUUCGACCGUCGCCAAGCUGCGCCCCGGUUCGUGAUCAAGCCGCAGUCCGCGUUCUGCUACGAGGGCCAGUCCGUGAAGCUGUACUGCCGCGUCAUCGCGGUGGCCGCGCCCACGCUCACCUGGUCCAGGAACAACCACGAGCUCAGACAAUCCGUCAAGUUCAUGAAGAGAUACGCUGGCGACGAUUAUUACUUCAUAAUAAACCGCGCGAAGCUGGAGGAUCGCGGCGAGUACAUCAUCAGGGCGGAGAACCACUACGGAUUCAGGGAAGAGGUCGUCUUCCUCAACGUACAACCGGUGCCUAAAGUUCAACGACAGCACCUGUCGGAGGCGCCGCGCCGUCGCGAGCCGCUGCCGUACACGUUCUGGCAGGAGUCCAGCGAGACGGCGCCCGUGUUCACGUUCCAGCUGCGGCCGCGCGUCAUGCAGGCGCGGGACACCUGCAAGCUGCUCUGCUGCCUCAGCGGGAAGCCCACGCCUACCGUCAAAUGGUACAAAGAUAAGAAGGAGCUGUCGAAGUAUGACUACUCGAUGACACACUCUGACGGCGUGGUGACCAUGGAGAUCGUGGACUGCCGGCCGGAGGACAGCGGCAAGUACACCUGCAUCGCAACCAACGUGCACGGCACCGACGAGACCUCGUGCGUCGUCAUCGUCGAGGGCGAAGUGGUGUCACCGGAGCAGGCUGCGCUUGCGCACAACUUCCUGUACUCAGGCGAUCGGCGGUAUAUCGAGAAACCCAUCAAACCUGCACCACCCGCUAUUAUCACUAAGACAAAGGUGACAAUAGACCCGCCACCUAAAACGCACACAGCCGGCCCAAGACCCAAGUUCUCUCCGCAGACCUCUGUGGAACCUAGCAAGAAGAAGUAUGGGGCCAAGUUAGAAUCAGACACAUCGUCCAGGUCGAGGAGUGCCACCAAGGAAUUAGUCUUGCCAGCAUCGGACGCGCAGAUGAGCGUGCCAACGUUCGCGCGCGCACUACCAGACACGCUAGUAGCACGUGACGGGGCGCCCCUGCUACUGUCAUGCGCAGUGCGGGCCGACCCCGACCCGCGCGUGCAGUGGUACAAGGAUGGAAAACCGCUCAACUCCUCCGAGGUUGUGGACCUAAAAUACAAAAACGGCGUGGCUUCGCUAGCCAUCAGCGAAGUGUUCCCCGAAGACGAAGGUGUAUACUCACUGAAGGCUAUCAACAGCCAGGGUGAGGUGGAGACCAAAUGCAAAGUCAGUGUUAAAGCAAUGGAGAACAACGUGACGAGCGGCUCCCUCAAAUUGGGUGACAAGCCGCCCAGAAUCGUGGACCACGCCAAAUCACAGAUAGUCAAUGACGGUGAUGCUGUCACGCUCUCUUGCAGGAUUACUGGAGCAGAGCGUUUCGACGUUGUAUGGCUGCAUAAUAACAAAGAAAUCAAACCAUCCAAGGACUUCCAAUAUUCGAGCGAAGCAAACAUACACAAGCUGAGCAUCGCCGAGAUAUUCCCUGAGGAUGCCGGUGUGUACACGUGCGAGGCAUUCAACGACGCCGGCGAGUCGUUCUCGUCGUGCUCGCUGGUGGUGACCGUCCCCGGGGAGGCGGCCGCCGCGCCGCAGUACGCCGCGUUCCCGGCCUCCGCCACCGUCUCCGCCGGAGAGCCCGCCGUCUUCACCACCGAGCUGGACAAGCCACCGCUCCAGCUUCAGUGGUUGAAGGACGGUAAGCCGAUCGACGAGACAUCCGCUAGGUACAGGUUCACAAUGGAGGGUACCUCGCGGUAUCGCCUCGAGAUAGUCAAGUGCAACAGCGACGACAAUGGCCAAUACCAAGCCCGCGCCGUCGGCUCUAAAGGGGACUCUCAAGCAGCUUUCUACCUUAAUGUUAUUGAUAUUUAAUAACUCAUGGACUGACAAGGGACCCAAGUUAUUGCCUUGUGGUACCCCAAUUUGUUUUUCGUCAAACUGGAUUAUGAUGCGAAGAUUUGCGUACGGAUAACGAUUUUUAUACAAUUCGGAGUCAAAGUGUUAAAGGAGUUUUUUAUAUAUAUAAAUUAUUUAUUAAAUUAUUAAGUAUCUUUAAGUGUUACACCCUGUCGAAUGCCUAUGAGAAGUCGCUUGGACGAAUGGAUCCUUGCUCUCUAGUCACUGUUAACUAUUAAAUGUUAAUUUAUUUAUUGUCGAAUUUAUCCAUUGUUAAUUUAUCUUUUGUUUAUAAUUUUAUUUAUCGUCCUGGCCUAACAGUCUUAAUUGCAGCUUCCCUAUUUAAAAAAUAAGCUUGAAUUUAUAAAUGUUGCCAUGGAUUCUAGCCGAGUCACCUACGAACCGACCCUUUCUAUGAUAUUUUCUUAGCCACCAAAAAUAUCCUUGAAACGGUCAUCAGCUAGACUCGACCAAAAUCCGUCAUAUUAUUUUUAUAUAAAUUUAACUGUAUUAUUUAAUUGUACAUAAUUAAUUUAUAUCAUGUGACAGCGUAAUUUAUAAAUAAAUAUGUAUACCUUAAAAUAA